AUGGAGGCAGUCAAGAAGAAGAUGCUUAUGUUGAAGCUGGAUAAGGAGAACGCUCUGGACGCAGCAGAACAGGCCGAUACCGACAAGAAGGCAGCCGAGGAGAGGAGCAAGCAGGUGGGCCAGCCACAUCACAGAGAGUAGGGGGAUCCUCUAUCAUGGAUGGGGAUAUGGGCACCUUGGGCAGUCAAGGAGCCAACUGUAGGCUACUACUACCCCAAGGAGCAAAACUGGUUGCAAUGAUGUCAUUCUGUCAUUUUUCUACGUCAUGGUCAGGUUGUAUACCUAUUGUUGAAGGACUUUUCUGAUGUCUUUUUUAGUGACCAGAAAAAGACGUGUGGGUGUGUCACAAAUGGCAUCCUAGUCCCUAUAUAUUUCACUUAUUUUGACCAGAGCACUCUUUGUAUUGUCUGUACAACUGGAAAUCCAGUUAACCACCAGAAAAUCUCAUCAUGACAGAAUGACAUUGGGACAGGGAUGGGGGGUGGAAGUCUCGAAAGGUGAAAUGGCUUAUAGGUUUCCAUAAUGUUGCUGUGUGAUUUGGAAAUGGUUUGCUUAGAUACAACUCUGUUACAACCCCUAGGCCGGUCAUUGUUAAAAGGUAGAGUUAAAAAGUAAUUGGUAAAAUAGAUGUGACAUUUUUUUACCGAUAUUGGAAUAUACUGGUUAGUGAAGGAGUCAUCUCACCUGCUUUUCUAGAUGUGUUUGUAACAGAAUAUUUUAUUUUGAAUUGUUUUGUUUUAAAUUCCAUUGAUUUCAUUUUAUUAUUCUUGAAAAUAAGGUAACAAUUUCAUGACAUCACUAUAAAUACAAGAGGUUAGGAUAUAUUUAAGAAUAGGACAGAGCUGACAAGACUUAAAGACUUAACAACUGAGUCCUAAGUGACCUCUGUCCCCCAAAAACAUGACAACUGGAAAAUUCAAAACCAUGCCAAGAAAACUUGUGAGAAACGUUAGACCAUAUUUCUCUCAUUAGCAAGGCCAGACAGGCUGUCUGUCAAGGCUGGGGUGGUUUAGCUAGUGAUCUCUCCACAGAGAAAUUGCGAAGGGCUAGACACUAGGAUGGAAUAUGACAGUGGAUCCUUUCACUGAGUGAUUGUUAGGGGAAGUUACCAUCCAGAGGGAGUAUUUAUAUCUAGAUGGCGUUGAAGUGGAACCAUGGCAGGCCUGUCCACCAGGCUUUAGGUUACUUGUGACAAGAGGACAGGUGAGGCGGCUGCAGACAUGGGUUCAAAUAGUAUUUGUUUUCUUUCAUAUACUUUUCUAGCUUGCCUGGCACAAUGGAAUAGUCCCAAAAGUGUCAAACCAGUCCAUUUGCCACUCUAGGAAGGCUCAAACGCUCAAAGUAUUUGAAAGAAGACACAUACUAUUUGAACCCAGGCCUGGGUGACAGUCAAGAUGCCUUGAUGAAUGGAGAUGGACAAGGAUAUGAGGCUAUCAGUUAACGAAUACUAUUUUCACACCAAUAAGCCAAGCUUUACUGUGCUGGCCUGGUUAUGUAUCCACCGUAGUUGCGGGAACAGUGCUGGAAAGGUCAAGGUGAAAAGAAAAUAGUCAGCCCAGUAUGAUUCAGGUCUGCACCAUAGUGUGAAAAGACUGAAAAAUCUCACCCGCCCUUUCUCCAUCUCAAUUUCCUCUUCUCGCCCUCCCUCCUUCCUUCUCUCAUUUGCUCUCUCUCUCAGCAUGAGGAUGAGUUGCUGCAGAUGCAGAAGAAACUGAAGGGGACUGAGGAUGAGCUGGACAAAUACUCUGAAGCCUUGAAGGAUGCCCAGGAGAAGUUGGAGGUUGCGGACAAGAAGGCCGCAGAU